CAGCGCUGGCGGAAAUUUUAAAAUUCAAACCGCCCAAGGUUGGCCUAGACUAAAGCUCUUUGGCGGCUGUUUUCGCGUGCAGUCGUGGAGUUUACUGAAAGCUGGGCGCUGGGUCUCGUUGAGAAGCCGAGAGAAAGGUUACAAGCAUGAAGCGCAGUUCAGUUUCCAGCUGUGGUGCUGGCCGCCUCUCUAUGCAGGAGUUAAGAUCCUUGGACCUCAAUAAACCUGGCCUUCAUACCCCUCAAACCAGAGAGAGGUCAACCUUUGGAAAACUGAGUACUCACAAGCCUACAUCUGAAAGAAAAGUCUCAAUAUUUGGGAAAAGGACUAGCGAACAUGGGUCCAGGAAUAGUCAACUUGGUAUAUUUUCCAGUUCUGAGAAAAUCAAGGACCCAAGACCCCUUAAUGACAAAGCAUUCAUUCAGCAGUGUAUUCGACAACUCUAUGAGUUUCUUACAGAAAACGGUUAUGUAUAUAGUGUAUCCAUGAAGUCUCUACAAGCUCCAUCUACCAAAGAUUUCCUAAAGAUCUUCGCCUUUCUUUAUGGCUUUCUGUGCCCAUCGUAUGAACUUCCUAAUACAAAAUGUGAAGAAGAGGUCCCAAGAAUUUUUAAAGAACUUGGGUAUCCCUUUGCACUGUCCAAGAGCUCCAUGUACACAGUGGGAGCCCCUCACACGUGGCCUCACAUUGUGGCCGCCUUGGUGUGGCUAACAGACUGCAUCAAGAUUCAUGAUGCCAUGAAACAAAGCUCACCUUUGUUUGAUGAUGGGCAGGCUUGGGGAGAAGAAACUGAAGAUGGAAUUAAGCAUAAUAAGUUGUUUUUGGACUACACAAAAAAAUGCUAUGAGAAGUUCAUGACUGGAGCUGACACCUUCGAAGACGUGGAUGCUGAACUGCAGGCGAAGCUGAAGGACUUGUAUAAGGUAGACGCGUCCAAGCUGGAAUCACUCGCGGAGGAAAACAAGGCACUGAAUGAACAGAUUGCAAGACUGGAGCAGGAAAGAGAAAAAGAACCGAACCGUCUGAUAUCAUUGAGGAAACUGAAAGCUUCCUUACAAGCAGAUGUUCAAAACUAUAAAGCAUACAUGAGCAAUUUGGAGUCUCAUUCAUCCAUUCUGGAGCAGAAACUGAGCAGUCUUGAUGAAGAGAUUGGUAGACUGGAGCUAGAAUGUGAAACAGUUAAACAGGAAAACACUCGACUACAGAGUAUUGUUGAUAACCAGAAGUAUUCGAUCGCUGACAUUGAGAGAAUAAAUCAUGAGAAAAAUGAAUUGCAGCAGACUAUAAAUAAAUUAACCAAAGACCUGGAAGCUGAACAACAACAAAUGUGGAAUGAGGAAUUAAAAUAUGCCAGAGGCAAAGAGGCGAUUGAAGCACAGUUAGCAGAGUACCACAAGUUGGCUAGAAAACUGAAGCUCAUCCCCAAGGGUGCUGAGAAUUCCAAAGGUUAUGACUUUGAAAUUAAGUUUAAUCCUGAGGCUGGUGCCAACUGCCUUGUCAAAUACAGGACUCAAGUGUAUGCACCUCUCAAAGAACUCUUGAAUGAAAUCGAAGAAGAAAUUAACAAAGCUCUGAAUAAAAAGAUGGGUCUGGAGGAUACUUUAGAACAACUGAACACCGUGAAAACAGAAAGCAAGAGGGCUGUGAGAAUGCUGAAGGAAGAGGUUCAAAAGCUGGACGACCUUUACCAACAAAAAGUUAAGGAAGCUGAGGAGGAAGACAAGAAGUGUGCCAGCGAGCUCGACUCCCUGGAGAAACACAAGCACCUGCUGGAAAGCGCAGUGAACGAGGGUCUCAGCGAGGCCAUGGGCGAGCUGGACGCCGUCCAACGGGAAUACCAGUUAGCCGUGCAGACCACAACUGAAGAAAGAAGAAAGGUGGGAAACAACUUACAACGUCUUUUGGAGAUGGUUGCUACACAUGUAGGGUCUUUGGAGAAACACCUUGAAGAGCAGAUUGUUAAAGCCGACAGAGAGUAUGAAGAAUGCACGUCUGAAGAUCUCUUGGAAAACAUCAGAAAGAUCGCAGAGAAGUAUAAGAGCAACGCUGCCCAACUUAAGGCCCCCGACAAAUGAAGAUAAAUUAAUCUUUCAAAGACAUAACAGUAUUUUAUCCCAGAAUUAUGGUAACAUGGUAGAUUAACCUUAUAGAUGUGUCAGAUAGUUAAUAAAGUGUACUAGUGAAGCGUGGGUGUCCCCUCCAUUUCCAUGACUCACUUCUGACGUGAGGAGAAGAUAUGUGGCAUGGGCUGUACUGGGAGUUAGCAAAUCCAGUCUGAAUAUGUCAGACACACCCACUCACUGCCUACCCGUUCUUUCCUGCUGUAAUGGCAGUUAAGCAUAUGCAGCAGAGGCUACUCAGCCUGCAAAGCCAGAGGUAUCGAUCCCCAGUUCCCUGUUAGGUGUCUUUUCCUGGGGAGAUGUGAAGAAGCAUCUGUUCACCCACAUGGAAAAGAUAACAACUAAAGGAUUCCAUCCAAAUCCAGCUGAGUCAGUAAGUUCAUCGGGCUUACUGGCAGAUCAAAAAUGGCCACCAGGAAAUCCCCUGGACAAGUACAGGCAGUUAUACUAUGAAAAGUCCCACCCACUGGACAACUCACUGCAACACCACUUAAGAGUCUUGGACACCUUGAGGGAGGCUAUUCUACCACAGAAUUUUCCUUGUCAGUUAUGUGCCUUUUGUAUAACCUCGGGGCAGGGCACUUCUGAGGACUCAGGGCUGAACACCGUAAGCCUCCCUACUCCAUCCAUGGGGGAAUGAAGUGAGCUGCUUUCACUUAAGCCUAGAGGAGACUUACACAGUCCUUUAAUAAAAAAUUUCAGUUUAAUUAAAGACUGCCUACUUUUAAAAGUUCUUGCUCUGGGAUGUAUCCCAAGUAGAGAACUUGCCCAGCAUAUUCAAAGUUAUAGAUUCAGUCCCCAGCUCCCAAGAAUAAGCAGUUAAAAGACAGUUGUAGACUUAGAUUUAAAUAAA